AAAAAGGAGACCUCCUGGUCCCGGGAACCAAUCUGCUGUGGACCUGCAUAGCAGAAGAACCAAGGAUGGAAGGCUACUUCUGGAAGACCUUACUGGUGCUUGGGGCUCUGUCAGCCUCUGGACGUGGCGAACCGUCGCACAAGCCACUGACCUAUCAGAAAGCUCUGGAGCUUGGCGUGGCCAACUACAACAACAAAGCCGGGGAAGACUUGCUCUACCAGUUGCUGGAAGCUGUCCCUCAACCUGAAUGGGAUCCCAAUUCUGAAGGUACCCAAGAGUUGAAGUUCACCAUCAAAGAGACGGUGUGCCCUGUGGAGGAAGGCCGUGCCUUGGAGGAAUGUGACUUCAAAGAAGACGGGGUGGUCAGAGAAUGCACAGGCAACUAUUUCCUUGGGGAGAAGCCCCCGCUGGCUUUUGUCACCUGUGACGCCGUGGAGGGAAUAGAGGAAGAGGAGGAGGUAGAAGAGGAGAAGAAGGAUGAGGACGAGGAAGAGGAUCGGUCCAGACGGCGGAAACUGAGGCGGCGACCCUCCAGAAAGGUGAUCAUAAUUGUGAUCAAGUUUUAAGAGAUUGAUUCGGAAAGGCUCGGCUUCCAGAUCUCCGAUCCGAGAAAGCAAAAAAAAAAAAAAAAUCAUUUCUGCAAAAAAUGAUUGGAUGAUUCUCCAGGUUUUUUUUUGUUUUGUUUUGUUUUGUUGUUUCCGAUUCGGGUUUUCCUAAACGGCGGCACGUAUUCACAUUUGGGGUAGCAUUCGAACUCCGGACCCAGGCAGAAAGGGAAAUGCUGCAACAGGUAGAAGUUAGGGAAAGGAAUCAAAUGAAUCAAAUCAGAGGAACGGGAUCUUGAGCAAUUCUAUAGGGUCUCCUCUUUGGGCAGGGGGUUGGAGUAGAUGAUCUCCAAGGUCCCUUCCAAUCGUGUGAUUCUACAAUUCUGUAAGGGUCUCGUGCCUAAGCAGGGGGUGGGACUAGAUGAUCUCUAAGGUCCCUUCCAAUCAUGUGAUUCCGCAAUUCUUUAAGGGAAGGUCAUCUAGUCCAAGUCUUGGAGGUCAUCUAGUCCAGCGGUUCUCAACCUAUGGGUCGCGACCCCAUUUGGGGUUGAUCGACCAUUUUUCUGGGGUCGCCAAAGGCGGCGACCCGCCAUUUUUUUGCGGCGCGCACACGCGCACCGCACAUGGGGGCGGCCCCGCGCGUGGGGGCCGCCGCGCAUGCGCGCCGCGUGAGGGGCGACGCCACGCAUGUGCGUCGCGCAUAGGGGGGCCGCCCAUGCGCAAAACGUUUGUGUGACGGGGGUCGCCGUCACACAAACGUUGAGAACCGCUGAUCUAGUCCAAGUCUGUGCCUUCUCUUUACAAAGCUUGUAAAUCCAGUGAAUAAUAUGUCCAAACUGUGACGGACAGGAAAACGACUCCGCAAAAUGUAGAUGGAGAAAUUCAGGUAAAUCUGAAUUUUGAUGUGUAUAGACCAGUGCUUAGUGGGAACUGACGGCCUCAUCUGGUUGGGAUAAAAUGGAUCUAAUCAGAGGAACCGAAUCUUGAGCAAUUCUAUAGGGUCUCCUCCUUGAGCAGGGGGUUGGACUAGAUGAUCUCUAAGGUCCCUUCCAAUCGUGUGAUUCCGCAAUUCUUUAAGGGUCUCCUGCCUGAGCAGGGGGUUGGACUAAAUGACCUCUGAGGUCCCUUCUGAAGGAAAUAAGUUAUUCUUUUAUAAAAUGGUAGAAAAAAUAAUUGUAGAAAUGUAAUGCCAAUAUACGAAACUGUCUUUUUAGUACAAAUGUAACACUGUAACGCAAAUGGAACAAUGCAAUGCCAAUAUAUGAAGCAGGAAUGUUUACGGUUUCCUGCCCAUGUAAAAAUGGCUACAAACGGUAAUCAGCAAAGAUAAUUAAUUAUGACCAAAUGUUUACUAUUUCCUGCCUAAAAAUCCUCCGGACACAGGAACUUCCACUUUGAGUAAGAAUCCUACUAUCAAAGAGGGGGAUUUGGACCCAAGGUGAGAAUUACAAAUAAACAAAAUAACAGCAGGUUAACAAAGUACAACUUCAAAGUACAUCUAUAAAGAUGAAAGAGCUGCUUAGAUGUGACAUGCAUUGUAGGGGUAUAAAAUGCAAAAACGUGAAACCAGGCCAGCGUGCUGAGUGCAAACCUCUUUUAGUCUCUUCUCUUUUUAUUCUUUUUUAUGUUAUUCUCCAAUAAAACUUUGUUUUGUUAACCAGA